UUAAUGUUAAAUCUUCUCUUUAGGUUUACCCUUACUUGUGCAAAGAACAAUUGCAAGAACUAUAGUACUUCAAGAAAGCAUUGGUAAGGGUCGCUUUGGAGAAGUCUGGCGAGGGAAGUGGAGAGGAGAAGAAGUUGCUGUGAAGAUCUUCUCUUCGAGAGAGGAACGCUCGUGGUUUCGUGAAGCAGAAAUUUAUCAAACAGUUAUGCUACGGCAUGAAAACAUCCUUGGAUUUAUAGCUGCAGACAACAAAGACAAUGGUACCUGGACUCAGCUGUGGUUGGUGUCGGACUACCAUGAGCAUGGAUCGCUCUUUGAUUACCUGAACAGGUAUACAGUAACAGUGGAAGGAAUGAUCAAAUUAGCUUUGUCCACUGCCAGUGGUCUUGCUCAUCUUCACAUGGAGAUUGUUGGCACGCAAGGCAAACCAGCGAUUGCACACAGAGAUUUGAAAUCAAAAAAUAUACUGGUAAAAAAGAAUGGAACAUGCUGCAUUGCAGACCUAGGACUGGCGGUUAGGCAUGACUCAGCAACAGACACAAUUGAUAUUGCCCCAAACCACAGAGUGGGAACAAAGAGGUACAUGGCACCUGAAGUUCUAGAUGAUUCCAUAAAUAUGAAACAUUUUGAGUCAUUCAAACGAGCAGACAUCUAUGCAAUGGGAUUAGUGUUUUGGGAAAUAGCUCGGCGAUGUUCCAUCGGUGGAAUCCACGAAGAUUACCAGUUGCCGUACUAUGACCUCGUUCCUUCAGAUCCUUCUGUUGAAGAAAUGAGGAAAGUUGUGUGUGAGCAGAAGUUAAGGCCCAAUAUUCCAAACAGAUGGCAGAGCUGUGAGGCGUUACGAGUGAUGGCAAAAAUAAUGCGGGAGUGCUGGUAUGCCAACGGGGCUGCCAGGCUCACGGCUUUGCGCAUUAAGAAAACAUUAUCGCAACUUAGUCAACAGGAGGGGAUAAAGAUGUAAUCCUGGAUUUGCUACCGAAGAACUGUAAAAAAAAAAAAUCCAUAUCUGCACCAGAGUGGCGUGUUAAGAAGGUUAAUUGUUCUACCUCAUUGGGGGAACAGAAGGAUAUUGCUGCCUUUUAGGACUUCAUAGGAACGCCACUUCUUAGGAUGUUGGUGGACGUGCUAAACAGUUGUGUUGGGUCCUUUCUGUGCACUAUGAACCUCUUUCCCAGGUUACUUACAAAACAUUGUGUAGUCUGAUUUUAUUUUUAUUAACCUAUAUUUUUUUUUUUUAAUUUGGAAAGCCGAUAGCUGGUCUUAACUUCUAGUUAACUGUGCUAAAAAUAGGAGGUCACUUUUAAACCGGAACUGGUUCACUAGAUUGUUCUGGAGUGCAUUGAUGGCUCUUUAAGCAACUUUCUUCCUGGCUGGUACAUUGACUAUUCUGAACCAUUGUCACAGUUCUGAUUCAGAUUGUGAAUGUACUGAUGGAGUAGACUUUGCUAGCUAUUAAGGUAGUAUAUCUUUCGGACUCUUACCUUGAUUUACAAAUUGACCUCAUUACGUUGUGGGAACAUAAUUUAUGCAACUAUACUUUAUACAUGA